AUGGCUACUGGCACUCGGCUGGGGAAAGAAGAUAGUGAUCAGUUUGAUCAACCUUCCCUGUGUAGAAGCAUUGUUGGAGGGCUGCAAUACCUGACUUUGUCCAGACCUGAUAUUGCAUUUGUUGUGAACAAAUUGAGCCAAUUUCUUCAGCAACCCACUGUCAAUCAUUGGACAGCAUGCAAACGGGUUCUUAGAUAUGUCAAGGGAACACUAAAUCAUGGGUUAUUGUUUACUAAAAAGGAGCAUUUCCCACUAGAAGCUUAUGCAGAUGCAGAUUGGGCUAGUGAUGUUAAUGAUAGGAGGUCUACAAGUGGUUAUGCUGUUUUUAUUGGAGGAAAUUUAGUUCAGUGGAGUUCAAAGAAACAAAAGUUAGUUUCUCUAUCAUCUACUGAGGCAGAAUACAGAUCUUUAAGCCAAGUUUCUACAGAACUUGUAUGGAUCAUAAAUUUAUUUGAAGAAAUUGGUCUUGUUUUGAAUAACUGUCCUGUGUUGUGGUGUGACAACAUGAGUGCUGGAGCACUAUCUUCAAACCCUGUUUUUCAUGCUCGAACAAAGCACAUCGAAAUUGAUGUGCAUUAUGUGAGAGACUUAGUUGCAAAUAAAAGCUUAAGUGUGCAAUAUGUUGCUUCUGAGUACCAAGUGGCAGAUAUUCUAACCAAAGCUUUACCUGGAAAUCAGUUUAAUUACUUGAAGGAGAAACUUACUGUUACAGAUUCUUUAUCUAAUUAG